GUACCGUGAUGAUUAUAAUACCUAUACACAACUAUACACAACCCAGUAUAGAAGCGCGGCAUCUUAACUUGUUUGUGCUGGACGUGAAUGCAGCUCACGGUACCUAACUACUGUUUUUGUACUGCUGUGAACGGUAACACACGGAGUACACGAAGAAAAUGCAGCGUCACGGCGUCAUUGGGUCUGCAGCUCGUCAUUUAGAAACAUUUUGGGAACGUGAGGGGUGCAGAUGGAGGCAGAUGCGGAAGUAGGUUACAAAAGACGCCCCGAUGCUCCACUUUGAGGGACUGAUUGGUGUGGAGCGUGGAGGAAACAGGAACUUAAGGAAUUCCAUGUAACCUGAGGGAGUCUGAGGAAGAGCAGGGUGUAAGGAUGGAAGGCAGGUGGAUCUAGUGAGACAGGAGUGGUGGCGACCUUGUUCGGGCCGCCGUGGUCUCUGGGGGGACUGGGGGUAGAAGGCAGCGGGAGUAUGACUGUCUGCAAGGCAUUGACGCUGCGGCAGACUCCCUCCCCGUCCCCGCGCUCAGUGUGGUGCGCGCGCCGCUCUUGAAAGGUUGUGGUGUUACACGUCCUUGUUGUUUUGCUCUCCCCACGCGGCUCACGACGAGACGGAGGAGGAGGAGCGACACUAAUCCUUGCUUCCCUGCCACGCCUGAAUUUCCGUGGACUUAUUGUGUGACGCCUGUGACUCGAGGACUGACUUCUGCGAUCAAUUCAUAGCAAAGUACAGUAACUCGUGCAAAAAAAUAGUGUUUGGCAGUGAAUGGAUUCCACGCCAACAGUGUCCAUGAAUGGCGGACCUCUGACCUAAGCCUCGUGCUGCACAUUACCUCCCAAGAUGUGCAUACUAGAUCUUUUCCGCCUCCAGAUGGAGGUGAGGGUGAAGAAAAGAAAGCCCGGAACACACCUCCGCCACAGCAGGCUCUUCUCCUCCUCCUCCGUCUCGGGCAACACAUCGCUUGUUUCCACCGGGAAGCAAAAGCGAAGUUCAGAUAAGUGCGGCGGCGCGUGCAGGCAUCCCAGCGGCCGCUCCGAGUCCAUUUGUUUGAAUCCUUCCUGCGGUACCAUGAACAUGUCUGAGUUCGGGUCCGGCAAGAUCUCGCCCUACAGCAGCGUCAAGACUCUGUCCACGCAGUUCACUGACGAGUGCAAGGGCUUGUGCCACUGCAAGAACAAGCGCAAGAACUCCCGGGACUCGCAGAGCAGCGUGAAGGUGGCCAACUUCAUCGAUGUGGACGAGAAUGAAGGACAGGGCAAGGAGAACCUGGGCUUCGUGAGGGACAACCUGUCAUGCGGCGGUACCGUGAACCGCUGCAGUUUCCUCAACCGCUACAGAAAGAAACUGAAGGAGUUGCAGGAAGAGGAGGAGAAAGCUGCUGCCAAACUGAAGAAGGUGGACCCGAAGAGCUCAACACUCAGGCGAAAGAGGAUGCAACUUCUUCUUCCCUUCGGCAACGACCGCGUCAUCUCCACCCGCGACCCCGCCGUCAUGCCAGACCCAGAAAGGUGAGAAAAAGAGGACUGAAAGGUGGAGGCGGAAGGUGACAGGUGAGUGGAGACGUUGAUUACCUCAUUACUCCAAUUCCGUGUUGCCUGCUAGGUAAAUAUAUAUAUAACUUUAUUCUCGGACGUCAAGGGUUAUUAGAAAAAUGUACAUGAAUAUUCAGUUUUAUAGUCCACUUCAUGUCAUAACCUUGCUGCGUGUCCGGUUUUAUCAUUGUUACCUCAUCCAUGUAAACUGAUUCAGGUUAUUAAGUUAUCUAAUUUGCUGCUGUUCUUUUAAGGUUUUGUACACUGAGGUGAUGCAUAUGAUUAUCUGAUUAUUUUGAUGGAUGACUAAGCUUUCUCAGUCACCAGUCGUCCAGUAGAAAACUAUAAUGUAAAGAAUAUAUUAGCAAUGACGAAAUGCUUGAUAUCUGGGCAGGAGUGAA